AUGGUGCUAAUCUCCGGGAUCCGAUUUAUACGAUUAGAUGCGACGAAAAUGGAAGUAGGGGAAAGUAGCGAUCCGGCUUCCGUGCCGGUUGAGCAGGAUGAAGACGGUGAGGACAAUAAGGAUAAAGAUGAUGAUGAUGCAGUGGUCAUGGAUGACAUGUGCGGGAUUAGGAAUGAUAAAUUUCAAAUCCAUGGAGUUGAGGACGAGAGCGACGAUGACGAUGAGAGCAACGAUGAUGAGGACAGUGAUGGUGACGAGGACAACGAUGAUUACGAUGACAACAAUGUUGAGGAUGAUGACGAGGAAAGCCAAGGGGAAUUCGAGUGCAUGUGUGUCGAGGAAUUAAUGUGGACAGAUUACAACGAGGGAAUGGGAGCUUAUGUUUGCCACGAGGUGGAGCCUGCAAGCCCUAUCAGGUGCGAGGGAGGGCCAUGGACAUAUUACAAUGAGGGCAUAGGAGCUCAAGCUUGGCGCAAGAUGGAGCCUGCAAGCCUUGUUGAUGAGGGUGACGAGGGAGGGCUAUGGUCAGAUUACAACGAAGGCAUGGGUGUGGAGCCUGCAAGCCCUAUCGAUGAGGGUGACGAGGAUGAUAGUAACAACACCGAUACUGACGAAUAUUGA